AUGGAUUCAUUGCCCUCCAGAGUUUGGUUGGUCACAGGAACUUCUUCCGGUUUCGGGAAACACUUCGUGCUUGCCGCACUCGCUCGCGGAGAUCGUGUUAUUGCCGCUGCGAGGUCCUUAAAGAAGCUGGAGGCAUUUACCUCAACAAUCAAUGCCAAAGAUCUGAAGCGCCUUCGCACCCUACAGCUCGACCUGACUGAUGGACCAGAAGAAAUAGAAAGGAAAAUUGGGCACGCCUUUACCUUUUGGAAUCAAAUUGACGUCCUAGUCAAUAACGCAGGUAGCUUCACGGGAGGUAUGAUGGAAGAAGGAGGGAGUAAAUUAUUGCGCCGACAGUUUGAUACCAAUGUUUUUGGUACUUUGGACGUGACGACGGCUACACUUCCAUACCUCAGACAGAGCAAAGAUGCCUGCGUGGUUACGAUUGGGAGCCGAUCAGCAUGGAAAGCUGAACUUCCUCUGCUAUUCGAGGCAACCAUCACGGAAUCUUUCAUGUCAGAGCUAGCGCAAUUCAACAUAAAGGUCCUGCUCGUCGAGCCAGGUUCAUUUAGAACAGAAGGGAUUCAAAAUCAAGUUUUUUCUGUCGACAAUCCGAUACCCAUUUACGAUGAUUUGCGGAAACAGACUAAAGCCAGACUUCAAUCUGUCGGACCCGGAGGCAUGAUAUCGGGGGAUCCUCGCAAAGGAGUUGAUAUCAUUAUGGAUGUUGUUACUAAUGGGGGAGUUGCUAAGGGUCGAGCAUGGCCUGGGUAUCUCGUUUUAGGCAACGACGCAGACUAUGAUGUGAGGAAGAAGUGUGAAAAGGUCUUAACUGCACUUGACGAUUGGUCUGACGCUGUAAAAGCAGUAUAUUGA